AGAGGUUCAGAACUGAGUAAGUACAUGGUGAAGGUGUGUGUGUUUGAUUGAGAGCGAGAGAGAGAGAGAGAGAGAGAGAGAGAGAGAGAGAGCAUGUGUGGGUAAAACACAUCUCUGAGAUUGGCUUUCCAUCAGCGUGAUAUUGGUUGAAGCUCAUCAUGGUUCGCUCAUCAGUCGCUGGAGUAACCUUGCUCGUGCUGGUUUCCAUGGUGACACCAGACUUUGUGUGUGGGGAGCAAGAGAGAGGCAAAGACUCACGACUCACACACACUCAUUUCACACAUAAUCAGUAUUACACGCCUCGGACUGGAGGAGUCAGGAGCAUGACUUUCCAAAAGACACCACGUAAUGACAUAUUGAACAAUAAUCAGUACAGUGUGCAGAUUUCUGAGGCUGAAUUUCAUGACGUAAACCUUCAACAUGAAAUGAAACCUGAUGCUGAAAUUCCUAACUCUAUACGGAUGCAUACGGAACAGUCAGAUGAUAACGAGUGUAAUGACAUUAAAUGCGUGAAGUUAAACAAAGUCAUGUGGGAUGAAGAACCAGACGUAACACUGGAGUCCACUGAAGACCCUGCAGUGCACACACACACUGAAGACCCUGCAGUGCACACACACACUGAAGACCCUGUCGUGAUCACACACUCCGGUCCGGUUCGUGGACUGACCCUGGAUAAAGCUCAUGUGUUUUUCGGGAUCCCAUACGCAGCUCCUCCUGUGGGCUCCAGGCGGUGGGCUGCUCCUCAACCCGUGUCCCAGUGGACGCGGCCGUAUGAUGCCACGUUCCCUCGGGCGGCGUGUAUGCAGGUUUGUUCGGAGGAAUUCUCUGAAGCAUGUCCUCAUAAGGUGAACGAGGACUGUCUGUACCUGAACAUAUAUGUUCCUGUGAGUGUGAAGCUCUCAGUGAAGACCACAGCUCAGCUUCCUGUCAUGGUGUGGAUCCACGGAGGUGACUUCAUCGCCGGCUCCGCCUCCAAACCUCUGUAUGAUGGAAGCUUCAUCAGUAACUAUAGCAACACUCUGGUGGUAAAUGUGGAGUAUCGCCUGGGGGCAUUCGGGUUCCUGGUGACGGGGCAAGAUCCGGAAAGAUCUGCAGUAGGAAAUUACGGAAUUCUGGACCAGCAGGCGGCUCUGCACUGGGUCCAAACAAACAUCGCAGGGUUUGGUGGAGACCCAGAGAAGGUGACACUAUUUGGUGAAAGUGCUGGUGCUCAGUCAGUGUGUUUACACCUGAUGAUCAACAGCAGUGAAGAUCUGUUCAGACAUGCUACCAUACAGAGUCAGCCUUUCUCCAUCCCCCUCAAAACCAGGUGGGAUGCCAUGAAGUUGGGCAGGAACGUUGUGAAACAGACGAACUGCUCAGUGUCUGACCUGCAGUGUCUUCGCUCCCUCAGCGCACUCACUGUCCUGCAGGCUCAGGUUAAUGCAGGUUCUAAAAUCAUCAACCCGUUCCGGUUCCUGGAGGUGUUUGAGACGUGGGGACCUCAUGUGGAUGGUGAGCUGAUCACAGAGCAGCCCAUCACUGCCUUCCAGAGGGGACACUGGCAGAGUUAUAAACCUGUUAUAAUGGGAACUACAUCUGAAGAGGGUGUGAUUUUUGUAUACGGAGCUUUUAAUGGCUCGGUGUCAGUGCUGGAGUGUGUCGUCUACACCACCGCCAUCUUCAAACAGCACACACUCAAAGUCCUAGAGAAAUACCUUCCCGUCUACCAUAAAGUGGACAAACGGACGAUGUUGUCUCAGAUCGUAACAGAUUUCGUCUUCCUGUGUCCGGCUCGGCGGGCCGUUCGCUCUGCGCUGGGAAUGGGCGGAGCCCUGUGGCUGUACGUAUUCGACCACACCCCUUCAGAUCACAAAAUAUGGGAGGGACUGACUUUCUGUUACGAUCACGCCUGUCAUGGGGCGGAGCUUCCCUUCCUGUUUGACUCUGCUCCUGCUGCGAACUUCAGUUUCACUCCUCAGGAGCGUCGUCUGGCCAAUCAGAUGGUGUGUUACUGGGGGGCGUUCGCUCACUCCGGAGAUCCGAACUCACACAGGAAACACACGACCUUCUGCAGGAACCAGAGGCUCGCACCGUGGCCUAGAUACAGGUCUGCUGAGCGAUGGCCAGUUCUGAAUUUAACUCUGCAGUCUCACCUUCAGCACGGAAACAGAGAUCAGUUCUGUGACUUCUGGGAUCAGCUGAAUGUUUACUGAGUGACAAACAACACAAGACAUUUUUAAUCUGCCUUAAUUAUAACUUUUUAUUCUUCUUGUGGAAAGUU